AUGGAUGUUGUUCCCAAGUGGAACUUCACGGAUGCUGGUGUCCGGAAGGACCGAGUGAGUCACGAGCGCCUCCGCCUGUUGCAGGCUUUCUACACGGAGAAGUUCCAGGACAAGGAGCAGGUGAAUGAAAGGAAGAAGGAGAUACGCAAGCAGCUCAACAUGAACAAGGACGAUAGUCGUGCUGUCCGGACGAAGAACAAUCCCGAUGAGAUGGAAACCCAAGUUGAGGGCGGACCACCGCCCUCAGAGCAUUGUGGAGGUGAAGAGAAUGGGGAGGAGGAAAAGGAGACGGAUGAUGAGGAGGUGCUUCUGCACCACGGGGACGACCCUUUCUGCAAGGAGGAGAGCAUGCAGGAGGAAGGUGGAGAAGAGGAAGAGAAGGAAGCGGACCCUCUGGUUGAUCCGGAACCCGCUGAGGACGACGAUGCGAAGGAUAAGGGUGAAAACGAUGACUAUGUAGGAGACGAAAAGACACGGAAGAGCAAAGAAGGAGGUGCCAUGAAGGAGACCGGGCUUCCCAACGUGCCAGCGAAGCUGGCAGCCAAGGGUGCACUGAAGAGAAAAGUCACGAAGGAGAUCAAAGAUGAAGAUCUUCUGGAGGCCCAGCAGAAAAUGCUCAAAAGGGCUGAGAAAGAAGCUGAUGAGGAUCCGGACCGAGCAGCUCGCGAGGACCAAGAAAAGGAGGAGGCGGUCAAGGCCGCACGCGGAAAGAAGCCCAAAACGAAGGCCAAGGCAAAAGCAAAAGAAGAGGCAAAACCAAAAGGCAAGGCAAAAGCAAAAGGCAAGGCAAAAGCAAAAGGACAGGCAAAAGAAAAGGCAAAAGCAAAAGAAAAGGCAAAAGCCAAGGCGGUUAAGCAGGAGGAUGAGGAGGAAGAGGCCGAAAGAGAGGACCGGGGAGAGGAUCGACACGACGGCUCGCAUCCGAAAAAGAAGAAGAAAAGGACUAAGGCUCAGGCGGCUAAGGGUGUUCGGCGGCAGCUGUCAUACGCUGACGCCGAUGAAGAGGAUGCAAAGGAGAAGACCCCAAAAAAGAAGCCGGUUUUGAAGCGACCGGCUGCCCGCAAGACUGAGGAGCAGGGCCUUUCCACGGACGUCGAGGCCAAUCGCAACAUGGUUCGCCGCCUCGCCUUCAACACGCGAUCCGUCUUGCAGUUCAUCCUGCCGGAGAAUCUCAGUAUCGCCAAGCAGCUUACCUCAGAUUCAGUAGGGGAACUGGUGAUUGAUGAGUGGGCCGAAUAUGAUUCCCAAGAUCAUGCUGGUUUGAGAUUUCAGGUCCUUUGUUAA